AUGGCAGCCAUACCUACCAGGCCACCGAUAGCAGACCCGAUACCUCCGCCAACGCCCAUCCCCGCUGCGCAACCAACAGGCGACCAGAUUGUUGUCUGCUAUGUGAUUAUUGCCAUGAGUGUGGUUAUCUUUGGCUUCUGGAACGUCCCCGGCGUACGGAAUAUCAUCAACCCAUUGAAGCUCUUUACGAUAGGUUGGCAUGAACUGUGCCACAUAUCAAUGGCGAUAUUAACUGGGGGCAGGAUACUGAAGGUGACGAUCGACCCGUUCAUCGGCGGUGCGACAAUAGUCGAAGGGGGACAUCCGUACAUUAUUCUUUCCGCUGGCUAUAUCGGGUCCACGUUGCUCGGUGGGAUAUUUAUACUGGCCGGCUUCGAUACCUUGGUCGCCAAGAUCAUGAGUUUCGUGCUCGGCGUAGGGCUGGUCAUGCCGUUGGUACUCAUCCUCGACAAACUGACGAUCCUGUUGACAAUGUUCUACGAGGGCUUACUGAUCGGAUUCUGGUUCAUUGACCAUGCGUACGUUCUUCGCCGUACCGUUGAAGUUAAGUACUUCGUGCAUUAUGUUUCUCAUCCUUUAGCUCACUCUGCACUCAGUAUCCUCUUCGUCAUAUGGGAUGUUGCCGACGAUCGAUUCUUUCAUAAAACCAAUCAGUCUGACGCCACACAAUUCAACGUCUUAAUUCCGAGAGUACCUGCUCACAUAUGGGCGUGCUUCUGGAUCAUAUUUUCCGCUGGAGUUCUAGCCGGCUUCGUCAUACUCGGCAUCGCUGCAUUUAAGAGAACACCAGAGGAGAUGAUGGCCGAAGCUGCCAACUUUCUUCCAACAUGA